AUCAUUCGGCAAGAGUAACUUGGUAUGACAGAUGAGCUUAAAUACAAGUCCAUGCGGAAGCUGAUCUGGCUUUCAAUGACAGAGCAGCACCAAGGUAGCUGUGAGAAAGGGCAGGUGUUCUUGAGCAGUGUUUAGAAAGCCGUCCAAAGUAAAAGACACCUGAAGAGAUUGAUACUUUUUGGCACAAGUGGGUUGAAAGGCUACAGGCAGUGUGUGUAUGUGUGUGUUUUAAAAAGCAGUUGGUUAGACAAAAGAGAAGGGAAAGAGAGAGGAAAGAAAGACCUCAAGUGGCUGUCAGAGAGUUUUACAAAGUUCUCUGCUUUGUGUGUGGGCAGCACCAAAACAUGUUUAGGAAGUCUCCUGUGUCGGCACUCUCUAAAAGCAGCUACCUUCAGGGGCAAUCAAAUGGCAAGUUGCUCUCUGACUGCCACACCAAGGCAGCCCAGGGAGACAAAGUGGUGCUGAAGAAGAAAGUGACUUUACUGAGAGGGAUAUCCAUUAUAAUUGGCACUAUCAUUGGAGCAGGAAUCUUCAUCUCUCCCAAAGGAAUACUCCAGCACACAGGCAGUGUGGGGUUGUCUUUGAUUCUCUGGACUGUCUGUGGUAUUCUGUCACUCUUUGGUGCUCUCUGUUAUGCUGAACUGGGCACAAGUAUCAAGAAGUCUGGUGGGCACUAUACAUACAUCCUUGAAGCCUUUGGCCCACUGCCUGCUUUUGUAAGAGUUUGGGUUGAACUGCUCGUCAUACGUCCUGCAGCCACAGCAGUAAUAUCAUUGGCAUUUGGACGCUAUCUGCUGGAACCAUUUUUUAUGCAGUGUGAAAUCCCAGACCUUGCAGUUAAAUUGAUUACAGCUGUGGGAAUCACAAUUGUCAUGGUCCUGAAUAGCAUGAGUGUCAGCUGGAGUGCCCGCAUCCAGAUCUUCCUAACCUUCUGCAAGCUUGCAGCAAUUUUGAUAAUUAUAGUCCCUGGAGUUAUGCAGCUAAUUAAAGGAGAAACCCAGCACUUUAAAGAUGCCUUUGUGGGGAAUGCAGCCAGUGUCAAAGGAUUGCCUCUUGCAUUUUAUUCUGGAAUGUAUGCCUACUCAGGCUGGUUUUACCUCAAUUUUGUAACUGAAGAAGUGGAGAACCCUGAAAGAAAUGUACCACUUGCCAUUUGCUCGUCAAUGGUGAUUGUCACAGUUGGUUAUGUUUUAACCAAUGUGGCCUACUUUACAACGAUCAGUCCUGAAGAUCUAUUGACUUCCAAGGCAGUGGCAGUUACUUUUGCUGAACGUUUAAUGGGACGGUUUUCCUCAGCUGUUCCCAUUUUUGUUGCACUUUCUUGCUUUGGAUCUAUGAAUGGUGGCAUCUUUGCUGUCUCCAGGAUGUUCUAUGUGGCAUCCCGCGAGGGUCACCUUCCAGAAAUUCUCUCCAUGAUUCACGUUCGGAAGCACACUCCUCUGCCAGCUGUCAUUGUUUUGCACCCUCUGACUAUGAUCCUGCUCUUCACCAGUGAUCUCUACAGCCUCUUGAACUUUCUUAGUUUUGCGAGAUGGCUUUUUAUAGGAUUGGCUGUUGCUGGUAUGAUUUAUCUCCGAUAUAAACGUCCUGAUAUGCCUCGUCCUUUUAAGGUGCCACUCUUUAUUCCUGCUCUGUUUUCCUUCACCUGCCUCUUCAUGGUUGCCCUGUCACUUUAUGCUGACCCUGUCAAUACUGGCAUUGGUUUUGCAAUUACACUGACUGGUGUCCCUGCCUACUACCUCUUUGUCAUAUGGGACAAGAAGCCAGCAUGGUUUAGGAAGCUCUUAGACAGAACAACAUCAGCUUUGCAAAUAAUCUUGGAAGUUGUUCCAACAGAGGAGGAUCCAAGAUCAUGAUAUUCUGUCACUGGAAUAAGUAGUGUUGGACAAACAUCCAGUUUCUUCGUCAUGUGAGAAUACUCUCUCAACUUUCCUGGAAAACUUGGAAAAUUAUGAGCAUCUGUUUUAAGUGGAUACUUGAUAAGAACUGUAGAUGGAACUAUUUUAUGGAAUCCAAGUUUUUAUAUGUGGUCAUCUGAUACUGUAGAUAUAAGCAAUGGUCUUGAAAGGAGAACCUAUAAAACCUUUGUGGAACAAAGUGCACUUUCUCCUUUUAUGAGACUAGAGACAAUGUGAUAUUUACAAUAUUAUGUCAUACAAGGGCAUCCGUUUUUGAAGCUGAUUUUUUUUAUUGUACUGUAAAUGAACAUUUGUUUUAAAAAUGUUCAAGAUAGCUAGAAAUACAGUGUUUGAUGUGUAUAUUUGUGUAUUGGGCCUGACAGAGGGCAGGAGUAAUUAUUUGAUAUCAGUACAAAUUUACUCCUUCCUUUUUUUACUAUCAUAUCUCUAUAUUUCACUGAUAACACUAUGGCAUACAAUAAUAUGUACACUCCAUUUAUCUUCCCAAUUGUUGGAAUUAUGAAUAGACAUACUGAUAUUUUGGGUGAAUAUAACAAUAGAUGCACAGAGAGGCAGUCUCUUUGUGACUAAUGCUGACAUAGCUAUAGCAACAUCCUACAUGAUAUAAGUUGAGCAGUUUUGCUCUAUUGUACUAUCUGUUGUAAAUCAGCAUGGAUACGAAUACAUUACAUGUUGUGUCAGGUGUACUAGAUUGUGCUGGUGCAAUUGAGGGUGCUUCCAUAUGAUGCUCACCCUGCCUCAUUCAUAUAGUUUUAGCUGGAUGUUGGGUGGGGAAGCAGAUAUUGUCUUCCAUUUGUAACCAGGGAAGAGAUGGUCUCUCUGUCUUUAUUUUGUGACAUUCUUCAAAAUCUCACCUGCAUUUUUGCAUCUUUGUGAAACCUUGCUUUUUUCUCCUUAUUUUACACAUUUAUUUUUCCUCAGUUUCAAAAGCAUGUUUCUAUGUAUUAAAAAAAAACUGUAUUCCUUUUUAUCUAUCUACAUUUUAAAAUAUGUGCAUUGUUUUGUGCACACUUUAUUAUUUCUCUGAAAUGCUCUGUAAGCUUUGCAGUUUGUUGAAUUCUUGAGGUGAAGUGUGUUGCUUUGUGCUAUGAGUCUCAGAAGGUAUAAAGAAGUUGAUUUUAUGGAGACUCUCAAAUGUAACAAUUCAUCCCAUAUUUACUUGUAACUUUCUAAUUUUUCCCAUGACGUCUGUCUUUUUUCUUCCCCCCAAAAAACCCCCCAUCGAAGUUGAAAAAAUACAGAAUUGCUGCCCAGUA